AUCUCUCACCACCGCCGUCCUCUGCCUCCCUCGUGCUCCCCUUUUGGCGAAACCCUAAUUCAACCUCCGAAGGCAAAUGGCGAAGUCGCUGCGUUCGAAGAAGAAGAGGAGAUUACGGACAUUGAGGAGGGAGAUCGUGGAGCCCUUCUACGAUAAGAAAGAGGUGGCCAAACUUGCUGCCCAGGAGGCUGCCCUCGCCGCCCCAAAGCUCGCCGUCAUAACUCCCACCUCCAUCGAUGAAGAACCCGCCGCUUUGACCUCUGCUUCUAUGGAUGUGGAUAUGGCUGAUGAGCAACCAAACACAUUUUUGAAGCCUGUUGGUGGAAUAGGCAAGAAAAAGCUGAAACUAAAGAUGAACCGCAAGAAGCGAGGGAAAGGAAAGGGAAAAGGAAAAGGAAACGGAAAGGCACGAAGACUCAGGGUAUAACCGAAGACUCGGAACGGUGGAGCUCAUUUCGUGUUUGUAUCUUUUGUUUCGACCAUGGCUUUUAACACUAGCAUUAUGCUUAAAAUCUAGUUGCUUGUUAAAUUGUGUAAUGACUGUUCUAGUUCUUAUUCCGGAUAUCCUAAGAAUGAAUAGUUAGUUUCAUCAUUAUUAUAA